GGGCGGGGGGGGGGGGGGGCCUGGGCGGAGGGGGGGCCCCGAGCGGCAUGGCCAGCCCCGUCCCCCCCGCCGCCGCCGCCGCCGCUUCCACCGGGAUUUAACCGGGGUUUGGAUGCUUUCACCUCCCGUCUCCACUUCGGGAGGGCAUGUGCGCGGGGGCAGCGGGCCGCCCCCAGCGGAGCCCCCCCGCGCCCUGACCGCACGGUGAGGGGCUCCGCCGCCAGCCCCGUCCCGCCGCCGGCCCCCGAGGACGGGGAGCGGCCCCCCCUGGCCGGUGGGUACCGGGCGGGGGGCGGCGGGUGCCGGCAACUUGUGUUCAGCGUCCGGCGGUACCGACCGGGGGGACCCCCCGCCACUCUACCCGAGGAGAUUUGGGUUUAAACUUUGGGUUUUGGGGAGCCCCGAAGAUGCCUUUCCACCCGGUGACGGCGGCGUUGAUGUACCGGGGGAUCUACACCGUCCCCAACAUCCUCGCCGAGCAGCGCCCCGUGGAGAUCCCCGAGGAUGAACUGGAGGAGAUCCGGGAAGCCUUCAAGGUGUUCGACCGGGAUGGCAACGGGUUCAUUUCCAAGCAGGAGCUGGGCACGGCCAUGCGCUCCCUGGGCUACAUGCCCAACGAGGUGGAGCUGGAGGUCAUCAUCCAGCGCCUCGACAUGGAUGGUGACGGGCAGGUGGACUUUGAGGAGUUUGUGACGUUACUGGGGCCCAAACUCUCCACCUCGGGCAUCCCGGAGAAGUUCCACGGCACCGACUUCGACACCGUGUUCUGGAAGUGUGACAUGCAGAAGCUGACGGUGGACGAGCUGAAGCGGCUGCUGUACGAGACCUUCUGCGAGCACCUGUCCAUGAAGGACAUCGAGAACAUCAUCAUGACGGAGGAGGAGAGUCACAUGGGCACGGCCGAGGAGUGCCCCGUGGACGUGGAGACCUGCUCCAGCCAGCAGAUCCGCCAGACCUGCGUGCGGAAGAGCCUCAUCUGCGCCUUCGCCAUCGCCUUCAUCAUCAGCGUGAUGCUCAUCGCCGCCAACCAGGUGCUGCGCAGCGGCAUGAAAUAGUGGGGUCACCCCGCGGCCCCGCGGCGAGCAGGAGAGAGCUAUAAAUAUAUAUAAAUAUAUAUCUGUACAUCCAUCCGUGGCCCAGAGACGUGCCCCCCCCGGGAGAGGGGCGGCGAGGGGCCGGGGGUGUCCCCGCCGUGCCGGGGCGGUGCCAUCGCAUGGAGACUUCGGCAACGACACCGCCGCCCCCCGAGCCCCCCUCGCCGGGCAAAAACCAACCCGUAAGUGCAUGGAACGUGCAUGGAGCCCCGUGUGCCCCCUCCCCGCGCCGGGGCCCGCGGCCCCCCCCGCGGCGGAUCCCGCCGGAUACUCCGAUCCAACGUUAUAGCUCGUAUUUAUGAUAAACCAAAUCAUCCCCUAAGCAA